GGGCAAGCGAAAACAGCAAACGGUAUACACAAUCCAGUGCCGCGCCGCCAUCUUGGAGUGGAAUGAGUGGGGGCUACAGCUUAGUGAGCACCUAGCGUUGUACAAGAAAUUACGAAAGUGGCCUAUAAGACUGUAAAUUUAAGAAAAUAGUGUUUACAAAUUGAAAAUAUACCUCAUUGUGUCAUAUGAAAACCGAAACGUGUUUUAGUUUGUGUGUUUUUCCUUUGGCGGACUUUGCAGAUCUGAAAAUUUAACAGCGUGGCUACACUCUACAGCUUGUCUUUGUUUCUGUUAUUAAGGUUUCAGUAUCGGCGUAACUCACAAAACUGGUUGGACUGACCGAAGUGUUGAAAAGGUAGUCCUUAUGGUUUACAAUGGAUCAAGAACGUGGUCGCGUAGUGUAACUUAGUUCUGGACGGAACGGUCCGCUGUGGGACAGGCGAGAGAGCAGCAGCAGCAACGGACCGAGUGUCGUUUGAACGGGGCCGUGUGAAGACGGGUGUGGUGACAAGGUCGCGUGUGUGCGUUGUGCGUGCGUGCUUGUUGUGUGUUGGUGUUGUGCCGUACACGUUAACUGAGAGUGUAUGUCGCAAUAGUGUCGUCUCCUCCAACAAAACGUUAGUCAACAAAUGGACAAGCGCAAAAUGAUGCCAAAAAGGCCUCGGGUUGCUGGACCGAUUUCCAACGGUCCCAUGCAAACGCGUCCCCUAGUCGCCCUACUAGACGGCAGAGACUGUUCGAUAGAGAUGCCGAUAUUGAAGGAUGUCGCGACGGUGGCAUUCUGCGACGCCCAAAGCACUAGUGAAAUACACGAGAAAGUGUUGAACGAGGCGGUCGGCGCCUUGAUGUGGCACACGAUCAUACUCACGAAGGAGGAUUUAGAAAAGUUCAAAACGUUACGAAUUAUAGUCCGUAUAGGUAGCGGCGUGGACAACAUCGACGUUAAAGCCGCCGGCGAAUUAGGUAUAGCCGUUUGUAACGUGCCAGGAUACGGUGUCGAAGAAGUAGCCGACACGACGCUGUGUCUCAUUUUGAAUCUGUACAGGAGGACGUAUUGGUUGGCGAACAUGGUACGGGAAGGGAAAAAGUUCACGGGACCGGAACAGGUCCGGGAAGCGGCCCAGGGUUGUGCCAGAAUACGUGGAGACACGCUUGGUAUAGUGGGCCUCGGCAGGAUCGGUUCGGCGGUUGCGCUCCGUGCCAAAGUGUUUGGUUUCAAUGUCAUUUUCUACGAUCCCUACCUGCCAGACGGUAUCGAGAAAAGUUUAGGACUUACGCGCGUCUACACGCUGCAGGAUCUGCUCUUCCAGUCGGACUGUGUUUCUCUGCACUGUACGCUGAACGAGCACAACCACCAUCUUAUCAAUGAGUUCACAAUCAAACAGAUGAGACCGGGUGCCUUUUUGGUUAAUACAGCAAGAGGCGGCCUUGUGGACGACGACGCCCUGGCGCAGGCCCUGAAACUGGGUAGGAUACGGGCCGCGGCGCUGGACGUGCACGAGAACGAGCCCUUCAACGUGUUCUCGGGGCCCCUGAAGGAUUCGCCGAACCUGCUGUGCACCCCUCACGCGGCCUUCUACAGCGAGGCCUCUGCCACCGAGCUCAGGGAGAUGGCUGCGUCCGAGAUAAGGCGGGCGAUCAUGGGAAGAAUUCCGGAUAACCUGCGGAAUUGCGUGAACAAGGAGUAUUUCAUGGUUUCCGGUGCUUAUCCGGAAGGUAAGGACGCCUACCUUCUUACCCCCAAAUUCGGAAAUUCAGAGUUACCUUUCACUCCUGCCGGCGUUAAUGGUGGCUACUACCAAACAGGCGGCGCACUACCAGUGCAACAGGCGCAUUCCACGACGACGCACGAGGCUCCACACCCUGUAACGCCGAGCGCGGCGCCACCUACCCCGCAGCCAGCCCCACCGGUGGGGCCUGUAGUUCCGCCCCAUGCUCUAGGCAAUUUGGAAUAUAUAAAUUUACACCCGGAUCAGUUUUGAGUUAACAAUACGCCUCUAAGCACAGCGGAUCCAGCCAAUCAUCACGUCCCCAAACCGGAGCCAUCAGAAGUACAUUAGCAGCAGCACCAUCAACGCCGUUGUAGAUGAGAAAAAACGUUUCUCCUCACCUUACGCCUCCUUCUUUAACAAUUUCUUCGUAUAUUUCCAAAAAAAAAAACUGGGCUGGUUGGCUGCUGGUUGACUCGUUGACGAGAACCGAGAUUCCGCCAAUGUUGUCGCCCCAUAUGUGAGUGUGUAUGUGUGUGAAGAUACGGUCGACGAAUAAAUAAAUUUUUUUCUUAAAUCUUAUUUGAGUUUCAGUGUUUUACAGAAACCAUUUAGUGUUAUACAUAUCGUGACUUCAGUAGGUUAUCUGCGUGGAAGUUUGCUCGGAAAAUUGAAAGAUCCAAUGUGGAGAUCUUCGAUGUUUUAGGGACUGCAACUCGAUAUAAUUUCAGGAAUUCUUCUCCUUCUUUAUACUUGAUUCACUUGAAAUUUCAAUCUGGCAUGUUUGUUAGCAUUGUUUUCACAUUGAUGAAUUGAAAAUGAAAAAUUACUUGGAUAUAUCCAUUUUCUGAGACAAACCCAUCGCAUUCUUCUUUCUACAUCACAAAAUAUUUUGUAAGCACUUGAAACGCAUUUUUAGAAUCCCUUGCUGUCCGAUUGACUUUUGUUUAAAACUUGUUUUUUUAGUGAUCUAAAUCAAAAUAAUAUUGGUGUAAAUAUAACUUAGGAUUUUACGAUGUAUUUUUUUUUAUUUCGGAAUUGACAAGAGGGAUUCCUUGAAAAUGAGCUAUGUAAAGUAUAUCUUGAUAAUAUGACUUCCUGCUUCCAAACAAUAUCCUGGUGCCUAAACUAACAAUUUGAUGUAAAUUUGAUAGUUUAAACAAGAAACAGAGAGUUUGUUUAUUUGAAAGAAAAAUACUAUUUUCGAUUAAAUAACACAAGCUAUGUAUUGUAAAAUUAAUAUUUUUCUCAAUUUGGAAGAAGGAAGUGAUUCCAUACAAUUCAAUCCUUUUUUGUAAAGAAUGACAUCUUAGCUUUUUAUAUAUAUACUCUGUUCUUGAAGUUUCGAACGAUGCUCCUCAUCUAUCCAGAUUUUUUUCAGUUUCUUUUUGUUCUGUGCUGGAGCACCGUUAGAAAUUCGAAGUUUUAGCAACUUAGGUUAAAUACUGAAAUUUCAUAAAUAGUUAUGUAAAUCUUCCUUAGUUUUAGAUCUUUUAUCAAACAAGUGCAUUAUUUUUGAAUGGAAAAUGUAUGAUUAAGAGCCCUGCGAUAUUUUCCAUCUGUGAAUAUUAUAGCAACAGGUUAUGAGGCAAUUUCACUAGGAAUCGCCGGUUUCUUUGCUCCCCCGAAUUUCAUUGCAUAUAUUCCAUUCAUCGAUAAGUUCAUUACUUUAUCUUUCAAUUUUCUGUUUUUUGAAUGAUGGAAAAUGUCGCAACUUGAGCGAAUGAGAGAGUAGCCCAUAUUUUCUGUUGAAAACACUAGAAAAGAUAAACUUAUUAUAUUGAUUGGUAAUAUAUGAGAUAUAUAAUGAGACUUGUGUUUUAAAAAUGUUGUAAACCAGUGUGGAAUUGGUUUUGAAAGUGAACUUCUAAAAAAAUUGAACAAUUUUCAGGUGAAGUGCAGUUAAGUUUCCUUUCGUAAAUGUAGAAUAAAUUUAGUGAUAAUUGUCGAUGAUUUCAGUGAUAUCUUUCAAACUGCUUCAAAUAAAAAUGCAUACUUUUAUUCGUUUGCUUUUUCUACAAUUAUUUUCAAGUUGGUUGGUGAAAUUUUGAAAACUCAUUAUGUUUCGAAAGCUCAAUAAAAAUUUAUUUGUCUUCUAAAAUUAAACACAAUUUCUUUAAUAUCCUUUGAAUUUCAGGAAGACCCAACUUGCCGACAGAAUAUCUAAUUUCGAACAUUCCAACAGGGUUUCAUAGAUUAAAAAAAAAACAGUUAUGGUGUGCUAUUUGCUAAGUAUAUUUUUAUAUAAAUCAUUAUUAAUCUCGAAAUGUAGAAAAUGGUCCACCUGUGCUGAUUAACAUGUAAAAACCUAAAGAAAUAAGUACGAACAAAGGUAUGCAUUUUUUUCAGGUACACAAUAGAUCAGCAUGUCAAAAAAAUGUAGGGCUAAUGGACUUCCACAUUUUGAAAAUAAAUAUCUUUAAAGUGAA